UCACCGUGGACCAGCUAUACGUAGGAGUUCAUCGCCGCAGUUCAUCGUGGACGUCGGUCAAGUGAUCACAGUACUGGAGAAUAUGGCGAUGUCCAAGCGAACAUUUUUUGCGGUGUUUCUAACUCUGAUCUCGUUCAUCAGGUACACUGCCUUCUCAUCGUAUUUCAAGUUGACAAUCAGCUGGGAGAUGCUUCAUACACCAAAGGUUCGGCAAGGUCCCGACAGAAGAGUGAAGACGCAGUCCUUGCAAGUGACAUAUAACAUAGACGAGCGUACACAUAAAAUCCUCUCUCAAAGCAUUGACGAUCCUUCUUUGAUCCAACCAGAAAUCACAGUGGUUACAGCUUAUUUCAACAUUGGUUCCUUCGCCAAAGGAAGUAGUGCUAACACGUUUACGCCGGGCAAAUAUAUGCACUGGAUGAAAGUGUUUGGCAACAUAAGAAACAACCUUGUCGCAUAUACCGAUUCGAAGGAUGUGUACGAUCUCUUCAUGAACCUGAGACGCAAGUUUCCCAGCAAUACGACGAAAGUGUUCCUGAUAGACAGACACAACCUAUGGUCCUUCUCUUUGGCUGAGGAGAUCCGUAGUAUCUACAAGCAGCCUAACUAUCCAAGGCAUCGCCCGAACACAAAUCAACGAGAACUACUCAUGUGCAAUGCAUGCUAA